AUGGACCCUGUCAGUGGAGGCGCAUUUGGCGAUGUUUGGAAAUGCAAUUACAUUGACUUGAAUGCAGAUGGUAUUCUAGCCCUCGUUGCGGUUAAGGCCUUCAGGUUUUCAGAGAAGGACGGGUUGGAGAGGAUCAACAGGCAAAUUAGCCGAGAAAUUGGCAUAAAUUUGAAACUUCUACGCCAUGACAACAUUGUACCAUUGUUGGGUAUAGCGACAGGAUUUGGGCGCAUGCCAGAGUUGCGCUGCUUAGUGUCUCCGUGGAUGCCAAACGGCACGUUGAAUGACUACCUAGCAUUUAACCAGAACGAUCUAACAGUCUUGGACCGUUUACGUAUGCUAGAGGACAUCAGUGCUGGACUUCGGUAUUUGCAUUCGGUGCCUGUCAUGCACGGCGAUAUAACAGGGGCAAAUAUACUGAUUGACGAGGGAGGCCAUGCGAGGCUAAUUGAUUUUGGUCUUUCUACCAUUGUCAGACCCCUUCUCGGCCAGUCGCACCUGGCUGCGACAACUAUACGCCGGGGUGCGAUUCGCUAUGCAGCACCGGAACUCGUUCUAUCAGAUGAUGUCCAUGAACUAGGGCCUUUAGAAAAAACCGACAUCUACUCUUUUGGUUGUGUAAUGCUUCAAGUUCUCUCGGGUCGGCACCCUUGGUCUGAGAUCAAAUCUGAAGUGCUCGAAAUGCGCAUCGCUUUUAUGAUAAUCGAAGGUCGUGGUCCGCAGCGUCCAGAUGGUAAUCCUGCAAUAAUGGACUUGGACUGGGACUUCAUCCAAAAAUGUCUGCAAUUCGAACCCAAAUUUCGACCUUCGGCAGACGAAGUACAUGACUUUGUCGUGGAUAGAUGUUUCUCCCUUGGACCUUCACCACAUGGUGUUUCUGGUGACUUGGACACAGCAGAACAUCCAUCCGACAGUCCACUAGUUCACCCUGGUCAUGAACCGGGGCCUUCGGUCAUAGAGCCUGGAACUCAAAGAUCUCAUUUAGCACCUCUCCACAUCGACCAUCCUCGAACGGCGCUCAACAAUAUAAUGCAAAUGAUAUAUGGUCCGGCCGCGUGGCGCCACAUACUAUGGGAGGUUUACUCCCAAGGACCUCCGAACGCUCUUACCUGGUAUGCUAAAAUAUACAUUGAUGACAUGAAUUACGGCCAUGCCUCCUCGCGCACCAAGGGCGCAGCCCAAGACGCAGCAGCGAUGAUGGCACUGAACCGCUUGCGAAAGGAGAAUUUAUCUCUGUAG